GAACAAAAGAAAAAUCAAUUAUCUCGGUUUGAUUGCAUUGCCAGUUUGCUUAUGUCUUCCGAAUGUACUGUGAUUCAGGAUAUUUUUCAGACCUUAUCACAAUUUCCAAUUGCUUUUCCUUUGGUAACUCCAGAUUUUAAUGAAGAAGCAAAGUUCAAAAUAAUGCUCCCUUUGUUUACCGGUCCGGUUAUCAAAUGGGAAACAAAGCCUGGAACAAUAAUUGAAAAUCACCUUUUUAAGAGCUUAUUUAGAAUGAUUGUUGCUACUAGGAUUGGAACAAAUACCCCAGGCAAAAGUUCUAUUCUUAAUUUAUUAAUGUCAUCAGAUUCUAUGUUCUCUUCGUCUGGUGAACCGGGAGCAGAAUACGGAACUCCGCAUAUGAUCGAUGGAAGUAUUGAGUUUACCUGGUUGGUUCAAGAGACUUGUGGAAUGGGCCUAUGGAAGGAUAUUUUUGAAAAUUUCUAUAAAGAAAAGGAUGAAAUCGUAUUACUUGCGAAUUUACAUGGUGAUGCUUUAGAUUAUCCAGAUCAAAUUCACUUUUUAAAGCAAUUUCCAACUAGUUUUUUGAUUUUUUUAAUGCCUGGGUACGAUGAAAAGCAAAAAAAGGUUCUUGAAAAUUUAAUAGAUCACAAAAAAAUAGUAUAUUGCUUAGUAGAUUCUGGAAAUAAAACAAGGAAUUCAAUUGACACUAAAUCUUUAACAAGAGACAAAACUUUAAAAAAAUUAACUGAAGAGAUUGAAUUUCCCGAAUCUCAGCAUUUAAUUGAUUUCAUUAAAAAGAAAACUUGUCUUUAUAUUAAAUUGGAAGUCAUGCAACUUCAAAGAAACCAAUACAACGAUGGUUAUAAAAUAUUUCAAGCAAAUCAUGAACUGCAACAUUUAUUAGUGCUAUAUAUAAAUGUCUUGACAUUGCCUCUUGAUAAAAGAAGGCGAGCUUUAGCGCAUAUUGAAAAAGAAGUAUCCAGAAUUUCUUCAAUAGAAUCUUCUGACGCUCGGAAAAAGGCUAUGAUAAAGAAAGAUGAGUUACGUAAAUCUAGUUUAGUUGACAGAGUUCAUGAAAAUAAGAACAAAGCUAGAAGUGAAAUGGCAGAAAUUUGGAAAGAAAUUGAUAAUAUGAGUCUAGGUUUAGAGCAUUUUUUUCGUGAAUUAGGUCAAAUAUAUAAAAUUAUUUCUGUUCAAGAUAAAAGAGUUGAAAUUAUGAAGUUACCAGAAUUUUAUGCGGAACUUUUAAUUAGUGGACAUACUAUUGAACUACUUGACGGUGACACUGGAACUAUAGCUGAAGCUUUUUUUUCGGCUAUUUGCAAGCACGUCAGCAGAUUAUGCCCUAACCUUCGAAUUUUUGUGGUUAGCAUUCUUGGUUUACAAUCAUCCGGCAAGUCAACUCUUUUAAAUGCUCUUUUUGCAUGUAGAUUUGCAGUUUCAGUUGGACGCUGUACUAGAGGUCUUUUUAUGCGACUAUUAUUUUUGGAAAAAGAUUUAUCUGAUCAUCUUGGUGUUGAUGCGUUUGUUCUGAUUGAUACCGAAGGCCUUGGUGCGCCAGAAAAGAUGAAUGAACCAGAAUCAGAAAAAAAAGACAGAAUGUUAGCAACAUUUGCAAUGGGAAUUAGCAAUUUAACAAUUCUUAAUGUACUUGGAGAAUCUACGCGUGACUUGACCGAAAUUUUGCAGAUAGCUAUUGUAACUAUGGCACGCCUUGAAGAGGCUGGUAUGGCCCCUGAUAUUCGUAUGGUACAACAUGUUUCUGAACGAAAUACGUCAAAAUUUUCUGAGCCAGAAGAGAAAUUUCGAGAAGCUCUCCGCGAGGCUUUGACAAUAGCAGAUGAAAAAGAUACUGCAGUGGGAAUAUCUAGCAUGAAGUGUCUUCAGAUUCUUGAUGAAAGAAUCAAAAAAGGUCAGCUUCUUAAACAAUUUCGGCCAUUCAAAAAUGGAGCAACUGCUCAUGCUCCGCCAUCAAGACAAUAUCAUGAAGAUGUCGUUGAUUUAUAUAAUUCUAUACUUGACGAUUGUAAAAACUCACUUGAGAAAAUUGAAUUUACAAAAUGGGGUUCAUUAAUUCAAUGUUAUUGGAGAGCUGUCUCCCAUGAGGAUUUUGCUGUUCGAUUCAGAAAUAUUAAAGAGAUUUAUGAUUUCAUUAAUCUUGGUGAACGAAUCGCAAGGGUAAAAGAAACUAUAAACGAGGCAUUCUUCCAACACGAAGAACAGAUUACGCAAAAAUUUCGUACAGAGCUUCUUAAAUGGUCUCAUGACCAUAAAACAAAUUCAGAUCUUAAAAAUAAAUGUUCGGAAUUUAUUAAAGAAGGGUUAAUAGGUGUUCCGGGUUGUAAUAAGAAUUGUUAUGAAUGCAAGAAGGCAAAUAAAGAAAGAGAUAAUUUAGGAAAGUACCUUAAAGAUAAUAAAAAGGAUGAAAAAUGCAAAAUUGAAAUUAGGCGAACUUUCGAUGAUUAUAUUCAACGACAUUAUGAUUCAUCAUCAAUAAAGCUUAUUCGAAUACUCGAAGCCAACUUUAUUCGAAAAGGUCUUUCAUCUGAAUUUCUUGAAAUAAUUAACAAAGAUAUGGAACAGAUUAUGAACGAAAUGAAGGGUAACGCAAUGUCAGAUGGGGUACGUAAACAAAAAGUUGAAGACAUAUGGAUGGAACUACGAGAGUAUAUAUCAUCAACUUAUAAGGUUAGACCAGUAACAGAACAAAUAGAUGAAGAAGUCAAGGAUGUAUUUAAUAAUAUGGAAUCACUUUUUAAUAAAUACAAAGAAGGAACCUUACCGAAUUUGUCUAAAUGUAAAGCAUAUAAGACAUUUUUUGGUAUCAGAUCCUUUGGCGUGGAUCGUUGUCCGGACCAGAAAGAUGCUGAUAAACUUGAAAAAGAGCUUGAUGAUUUAACAGAUGUAGUCUUAGAAAAAAAAAAUUCUCACCAUUUUUAUUCUGGAAUUGUACGUGAACUUAAAAAGGAAAUCAAUACUAUUCUUGAGAAAUUUUCAACUUUAUGGAACAAACGUCUUAUUCCUGAGUUCAAAUGGAAUGUCUAUCUAUAUGCUUUAUUGAUGUUUACGAUAAAAAUGAAAAGUUACCAAGAAAAAUGGGAUAAGGAAAACAAUCCACUUUUUAUACUUGAUCAAAAGAAAGAAGUGUAUAGAAAUUUAAUUAAUACCCGGCUUCAAUAUGGAUUUACUCUUGUUUCUGAAGGCCAUAUUAUUGGGGAUUAUCUAUUAGAAGUUAUUCAUAAAAAAGCAAUAAAAGCGGGAAAUUUAGAAAGAAUAAAAACAGUAAAGGAUGUUACAUGGAUGACUAGUAGUGAGACUGUGAGACUCAAAUAUUUUGAGAUGCUUGCAGAACAGGUUCAAAACGGUAAUAAAGAAGAAGCCAUAAUUCACUUUUUGCAUCCAAGAAGAUGGAUAGAAAGUUGGUUUAAAUGUGAAGUUAAUAAUAUCAGAAGUAAUGCAGAUAUCGAAUAUAACAAAACUUAUAAUUCAGAAUUCGAUCACGUAAUUCAGCAAAUUCGUAACUGCCAAAAUUUAGAAGAAAUCAAAAAUUAUGUUAGCAAUUACAUGUCAGAAGUUGAAGAAGUGGAUUAUGAAAUUAAUUUGGAAAAAGAUAAUACAUUUGAAAAGCAACAUAUAAAAUUGAGUAGUUACAUUGAAAAAAGACUAAAUAACUGUAAAAAUCCAAUGCCUGGAGGUUUUCGGAAUCCAUCUGAUGAUGAAUCAGUCAUGGACAUGCUUGGAUGUACGAAAACAUGUUAUUGGUGUGGCGCUUUAUGCUGGGGAUCUCGGGGCCAUGUUCAAAAUGCUGGUGAAACAAAAAAACAUCAUACCAGCCAUCAACCUGGUGGGCUUAAUAAUACCAGAUACAAAAAUUCAAAUGAACUCGUCGCAAUUCCAUGUCAAAAAAGGUCAGACGAACGGGGUGUAUUGUAUUAUGGUAAAGAGGUGCCAACAAAAUGGGGUGAUGCAAAAAUUAAAGAUUUUUCAGAAUGGAAAUUUGAAUAUCACCAUAACGACCAAUUUAAUGAUCUUAUGUGCUGGUUCUUUGAAAAUUUGAAUCAUGACCUGGCAAAAAAGUGGAACCUUUUGCCUGCAUCUUCUAAUGAAUUGAAAAAAUAUGGUUGCACAAACUUGGACUAUUAUAGUAUUAUUAGUACGCUUGAACAGAGAAUAAAUUAG